CGCAAAAUCAUCCACUGUUUCAGAGGCUUCCCAGCAAUGGCGGAAAUCGCAGAAACUCCGAAUGACGCACCCGAUUCUUCUGGAAACAACGAGUCCGAAACUAAGCAAGAGAUCUCGGACUUCGACCCGAGCACCAUGCGGAAGACGAAGCCCGGCUUGAAGCGCCUCGUCCUCUCCCUCUCCGUCCUCUUCUCCUUCCUCCUAGGUCUGCCGUUUCUGCUCAAAUCGAUCGAGAUCUACCGCGCGCCGCUCCCGUUUCGCGACAUUGAUUCGCUCUCCAGAUCGAUCGAGUCGGCUCCGUUGGCAUUCCCUUGUCGAUUCCACGCCGUUUUCGUAGGUUUCGAUCGCGGAAAAACCUCCGACGAGUGGACGGUUGAUGAACUAGGGAACUCAAUUCUAGGUCAAGUGAACAAGUUCACUGGUGAUGGUCGAGUUUGUGGAAGUUGUGGUAGAAACAACUAUAGUGUCUUAGUGACAGUAGAUUCAAACACUGAUUGUGUAAGCAGUAGGAGUUUAGGUUUUGGUUUAGAGUCGGCUUGCUCGUGGCGGUGUGGGGCCACGAGUGACUUGAAGUUAGAUGAUGAUGAAGUUGUUGAUGAGUAUUUGGAGUCUGCCUUGAGGGGGAGUGAGGGUUGUGGUUACGGAGGGAAGGUUUAUACUGUUGUGGUGGUGAAGAGGGAUGAGGAGGUUAGGGCUGUGGUCGGGAAGCACAGGCACGCAUGGAUUGUAGGUAGGGUUUCGGAGGUGGAUGCGGUGGAGAAGGUGGCGGAGAUUUUCAUUAGGGUUUUCGUGAAUGGUGGGAAGGAAGGAGGAGUGAUUCCCGGGGAGUUUAUGCCUGUGGGUGCUGAUGGGAAGGUUGUGCUUUCUUUCAAUUUGUUGAAUGCUGAUCCGGAUGACUGGGUUUAUGACUGGGAUUUUCAAAAAGUAGAUGAGAUACUUUUGACUCCCGUUAUAGAGGCUUUGGGACCUGUCGCAAACAUAAGUGUGGAAAGUCAGGUUCUAUACCAUACACCAAAGUCCUCAUUUUCUUAUUGGGAUGGUGAGCUGGAGAGUUACAUUUUCAGCACCAAAGAUCUGCCUUUCUUUGUGAAUUCAAACGAGUGGCAUCUGGAUACUUCCAUUGCAGCUGGCGGGAGGUCAAAAGUCUUGCAUGUUGUGGUCUAUGUUCCAUCUGCAAAGGAGUGCCCUCUUCUGUUACAGCUUCCCAAUGGAGAGAUUUCCAGGACAAAUAGCUUUAUAUCUCCAAUGUGGGGAGGUGUUAUUGUUUGGAACCCCCCAGGCUGUUCAACGAAUUCAGAAACUAUGCAUCUUCUCGGGAAUAAAAUCUCACAUCAGGACCUUGAGAAGGUUUUUGAAGUUUUCAUGGGGCAGUUGCGGCAACUUUUUGGUCUGAAAUCCAACAACUUGUAUCUCGGAGCAUCAGGAACAUUUGUCCUUUUAGCUAGUGAAAGAGGCUUUACAGAAUGGGAACUGGAUGUGUUGUCGCGGCAGCACACAUGUUUUAAUCUUCUUUCAUGUACAACAACCCUUGGAUCACUUUCGAGACUGGUCCAAUCACUUCCCAGGAUGAUUAUAAAGGAUGAGAUAGGGAAACAGGUGAAGUUUUCUCUUGAGGCUGCAAAUUUGGCUCAAAGUAAUGCCUCACUUGGAAUUUAUGAGGCUUCAGCUUUGUCCUCAAGACAAGCAAGAUCCUUGGCAGAAGACGCCUUUUUCCACCCGUCUAUAAUGUCAGUGAGCUAUUACUCAUUUGAGCAUUGCUUUGCCGUCUAUUCGCCCUUCUUUCUGCCAGUCUCGUUACACGUAAUUCUUGCUGCUGUCAGAGAGUGGAGAAGAGUCAAGACAGAGCAGAAAAAAUACGUAGCAUGGAAAACCAAAGAUGGAAGGUAGCAUUGGGAUAUAUUACUGAUUUUUUACUUGAAGACAGCCUCUGACGGGCGGUUUAGUGUGUGUUGCGUGAGGGUUUUAUACGGAAUUCAAGCUUCUGAUGCAGCCAAGUUGCUAUUUGAAGACUAUCUAAAAUCCAUUUUGCCUCUCAAAAGCAAGACCAACGAGCUGCCACAAAUUCAACUUAAUCCUUAGUGUGUGCAUAUUUUUGUGUUUCAAAGGUUGGGCAAAUUGAAGAUCUGAGUUGAUUCUUUCAUCCACUUUACUCUUGUUCUUCUGCCUCUAGUAUUAUCUGUGGUUGCUGUGUAAUACUUUGUCAGAGUGUCGGUUUAUAUGUAAAAUUCACGGUACUGGAACUAUUUUCUUUGGGGUUCCCAAAUUUUCCCAAGAUGCGUUUUUGUACGCUGAUUCUCUAUUUGAUUUCUCAAAACGAGGGAAAUUUCUGUCUA